CAGAGAGGAAGGUAUGUCCAAAGCAAAACCAGAUACACUCCGGAUUAUCCUCCCAAUGGCAUGGAAGGUGUUGAACGGCCUGCACAGAGCUAACCUGCUGAACUGUUUUGCAUGGAAGUACACUCAAAGCUCUGGACAAGUGCUGGAGCUUUGCCUGCUGUAGACGGACCGCACGCCUUCCCUCUGCCUGGACCACAGCUGAGCGCUUCUUUUUCAUUCGGAGUGACGUCGGAGAAGCCCGCCUUCACGUACCGUGGGAAUAUUUCACUCCAAGUUCAGCGCACGAUUAAUCAGAGGCGAUUCUUGCAUAAUCUAUGCAAAGAAAUUAAAUAAGCAAAAGGUGUAUUUUAUUAUUUGUUGGAAGACAUUUUUAUUUUCUAGCAAAGUAAAAACAUAUGCUGACUAAUGGUACAUCAGAAUGGGUCAACUAUAUUUAAUUAUCCCUAAAAGAAUGCGCAAAGUGCACUCUAUGGAUUCGAUUUUCUGUAAGCACCCAACUAUUUCCUUAUUUGCUGUACUUGUUAGAAAUGACUAUACCAUCAGCUGGGAUUCUGAAAAGUUUCACCAGUGCUAAAUAAAGACACAAAAGAAAAAAAAGCUAGGAAAUGGCUUUACUAUUCUGCUUCUUUUUACACUGGAGUAAGAAAAACAUACGAGGAUCAUAUGAAGGAAACUUCCAUCACUUGCUGAAAGCAAAUAAAACUGCGGGCGUUUAGCGCCAUCGUGUGGACUUAAACUAGAUCCGAUACAUCCGUGGCUACAGUGGAGAAAGAUUUGACUGCAUUUGAUACCACUCGGCCUGAUGUUUAUUUAAAACCAUAUAUAUAUAUUCAUUCAUGCCACAGGCAAAAAUCUCCUUUAAGAAUAGACUUUAUAGACGUAUUUUAAAACAAGCUGGAAAAUAAAAGUGUGAGCAAACCAGAGACCUCGAACUGCAUAUAAAUUAUUAAAUAAACGUAUUAAGCUGUAAAAUGCCAGGGACAAAUAUGUACACAUACUUAUGUACGUCUACGGACGCAAAGGAGACGUGUUUCUAUGGCAACAUGGAGACGCUGCAUGUCUGCGGAAAACGGAUGUUGCGUAGCUGGAGGACUCUAAAGUUUUGAACCGUUUUGAGCGGCGGAAUCAGUGCUCAGGGAACGCCGCUUUUUGGUUAAGUUUUUACAUGUUCACUAACAGUGUGCCCCGUUUUAGCACGUUCUCGUUCUGCUCGUGAAAGCCAAACGAAACCGUAAGAGAGGAAAGGACGAGCGUUACGUUUGCUCGCUUUAGCUCGGCUAACGGUAUUUGCAACAUGUUUGCUAAUGCACUGCUCGAGUCCCAGUCAAGUAGCUAAUAAUUAGAGUUUGGGUUUUUUAAAUAUGCUGGUUAUUUUAGUUAAUGUUAGCAUGCUAGUUGUCAUGCUGUCGUAAGGUUUCCGCUUUGGAUUACUGUUUAACUAAUGUUAAUAUAUGUAGUGUUUGUCAACAAAGCAGCACAGCGUACUCGUUGUUAGUGUCUUUUUUCACUUGCAUACUCCAUAUAGAUCACCAUGAGCAAAUAUGAGCUGUCAUCGGAGAGACUGGACACUGAGUUUGACCAUUUUCUGCUGGACAUGAAGCCAUAUGUCCUCAAACACCCAAGCAAGACAGAGCGUCAGCGCUGUGCCCAAUGGAUAAAGAAGCUGUGCGACCCAGCCACAUGUGGUUCAGGUCUGAUUGGUCGCAAGAACCGCAACAUGUAUGCCCGUUUGCUCCUUCAGAUGCUCAAAAGAGGGGUCCUGGAUGGGCCUUUCACCAGCAAACCAGAGCCAGGAAGCCUUAAAACACUUCCUACAUACAUGUCCAUCUACUUUGAUGAGCCAAUGAGCAGCCUGAGUGUGGAGCACGGUGUUAGAAGCCUGCCUGACUGGGUGACGGGGGAGCUGAGUGGCUGUUCUGAUGACAGUUUAACAAUGGAUCUGCUUAAGGACAAACCCAGUUCUACACCUGUUAAAGAUCAUCACAGGAGAAGGCCAUAUGAGGAUAGGGCAGCAUCACGACCCGUGUCUUCCAGUCCACUGAGACAAUCACCCAGACAAGUUACAAGAAUGGUGGAUGGGGAGCCAAACCACAUGUCUCCCGAUGACAGUGACCUGGAGGCUCGUCUCAACAGCUGGAACCUGGGGAUUGAGAAGCCAAGGUAUUUGCGAGAGGAACCCGUUCCCUUGUCACCAAUUUUCAAGUCAAGCUUUGGGGGGAAGAGUAACUUGGCCAGUGAUCAGGGUGCACAACUGUUACAGAGCAAAGAGACCGAGAUGAAGAUCAAAGUGUUGGAGGCCAAGCACCAGGAGGAAAAACUGAAGAUGCAGCAGAGACACGAUGCAGAGGUUGAGAAAAUUCUGGACCGAAAAAAUGGUGAGAUUGAGGAGAUGAAGAGCCUUCACCGGACCAGGCAGAAAGAAUCAGAGGAGACGAUCCGUAAGCUGGAGAAGAAAGUUCAAAGUGUGCUGCGGGAAUCCCAGGUCAUCUGCGAGAGCAAAGAGAAGCAGAUUGCAGAGCUGAAGAAGAUGUCGGAUCAGAGCGCCGACUCUUUAAAAAAUGAGUGGGAGAAGAAGCUGCAUGCUGCCGUGACAAAGAUGGAGCAGGAGAAGUUUGAAUUGCAGAAGAAACACACACAGAAUAUCCAGGAACUGCUGGAGGACACCAACGUCCGACUGGCUAAGAUGGAGUCUGACUAUAAUGCACGGUCACAAGCAACUGAGCAAACGAUGAGAGAGCUCGAGCUCCGGGUGAAACAGCAGUCAGCAGAAGUGGAGAAGGGCAACACGCUGCGUCAGAAAGUGACACAGGAGAAGGCUGAGCUGGAGAUCCACAUUGCAUCUAUCAGCACUGAACUCCAGGAGGCCAACAGACGGAUUAUGAUCCUGCAGAAGGAGAAGGAGGAGCUGAGCGAGCAGCAUGAGCAGGCCACGCAGAAGCUCCAAGUCAAGUACGAGACCGACUUGAGCCACUUGCACCAUGAGCAUGCUCUCUCCGCUGCUAAGGCCUCUGAGGUGAUGGCAGAUUUAGAGAAAACUGUGGCUCAGAUCAAACAGCAGCUCGAGGACAGUGAACAUCGAAGACACCAACAAGUCAGGGAUCAAGAGAUGAAGUUUCAGCAGGAAAAAGAUGAACUGCUGAUCAGCUGUGAGAAAAAGGUUUUGGCACUUCAAACUGAGGCAGAAAAGGAAAAGGCAGAGGCUAAAAGGAAGAUAGCCAAACUGGAAGAAGCACUCAGGGAGAAGGAGAGCCAGCUGGACAGAGCCAGGGAGAGCCAAAGACAGCACAUCCAGCAGGCAGAUAUGGCGCUGGAGCAGUUCAAGAAACAGGUGGAGCUCAGCUCCGAGAAGGCCUACGCUGACAUGAAACUGCAGAUGGAGAAGGUAGAGGAGGACCUGAAGCGCUCCAGGUCCCUCAGGGAGAAGCAGGCCAAAGAGUUCUCGCAGCAACUCGACGACCUCAGACAGAAGUUCGAGCAGCAGAUGGCUGAGCAGCGCAUGCAGCACGAGCAGGAGAGGACGCGGCUACAGCAGCAGCACAGCGCGGAAAAGGACAGCCUGGUCCAGGAGCACCAGCGGGAGGCGAGCAGCCUGGAGAGGCAGGCCAGGGCCGCCCUACAACAGCACCAGCAGCACACCCAGGAGUGGAGGAAGCGCGAUGCCCAGACAAUUGCAGAUUUGGAGGCCCAGUUGUCAGAGCUACGUGAGGACCUCAAGAAGGCCCAUGCCCAGCAUAAGCAGCAGCUGGCCGAGAUGGCGUUGCUCCAGGAGGAGGAAAAGCAAAGAGCAACCCAGGACAAACGGGCAACCCUGGACCGGCUCGAGAGAAACCACCAGCAGGAGAAGGAUGCUGCACUUGAGAAGACCAACAGCAGGCUGAAGCAGAUUGAGAGGGAGUACAGUCAGAAGCUUGCCAAAUCUGCCCAGCUAAUUGCGGAGCUACAGACGUCUGUAUGUGACUCAAAGGAGGAGGCGAUACGUCUGCAGACGGCAAUGGAGAAGCAGCUAAAAGAGGCCAAUGCUCGUUGGGAAGAGGAAAGAAAGACAGUAACCCACCGUGCCGAUCAGACCCACAAGGCUCUGCAGGAAAAGGUGGAAAGUCUACAGAGACAGCUGCACUUGGCAGAGAAGAAUCUGCUAAGCAAAGAGCUGGAGACUGAAGAGAAGGUAACCAUGGUACAUAAGGAGUAUGAGGAGAAGAUCAAAGGUCUGAUGCCAGUGGAGCUCAGGCAGGAGCUGGAGGACACAAUCAGCUCACUGAAAGCUCAGGUUAACUUCCUUCAGAUGAGAGCCUCUUUGUUACAGGAAGACCUGGAUGCCUGUCGCAGCAGCAGGUAACAGCACGAUAACGUCAGGCUGAUCUUCCGCCCGGAUAUGAAGGACGGCGUCGCCGAUCAGGUGUGAGCGCUGUUGGCUGUUACGAGUAUUUGACACACCUGCCACGUCAUCUUUUACUUUGAAAGACUGUUUUUUUUCUCCAUUGGUUUAACAUCUGAAAUAUUUAUUCAUUGUCAGAUUUUAGUUUUGUCUUGUUCAAA